GUCUUUUUAUGUUUCAGACUUAGAAGAAGACUUCAUGUCAGAGAUUGACAAGUUUUUCAAUGACAUAUUCAAUCCAAAGAAUCUGAAUGCACCGAUAGAACAGAAUUUGAAUGUCAUGACAGGAUUCAAAAUAUACAGUAUUUUAAAGAAAUAUAAUGGAGUUGUUCCUGACAAUAAUUUCUCAUUUCUCAAUAUUUUUACUGAAUAUGGAAAUCAAGAAAAACUAAAUACCUUACAAGAUUCGUUUCAGACCACGCUGAAAUUUUACUACAGUUAUUCCCGGGGUACGGGCAACCCUAAUAUAUUACAUCGUUCUUUGAAUACAUUUUUGCAAGAGGCAAACCCGAGAUUUAGAGGAAAUUCUGCCACAGAGUACCGUACCGUACUUGAAAGGUUUGUGGUACGAAAAACAAACAUAGCUAUACAAGAAUGGAUUUUAGACGAAUAUGAGAACAAAAUCAGAGGCGAUCGCAUAACAGUAAGACACGACCAAAUCUGGCCUGACUUAAGAUCAGAGAUGAGGUUCUUUGUUGGAAGUCAGGAAGAUGAACGGGCUUCAUCUGAUAUUGUUGUAAAGAAAGCAGCUGAAAUUUACUACAAGAAACUUUCUCAAGAAAUAUUAGAAACUUUUAGGUCAACAUGUAAAGAGAAGUCAAUAGAAGAAGUAGCUGAAUAUUUCACAGAGUGUCAGUGUAUCGAUUGUGAUUUUCAGACUAAAUAGGAAUUUCAAUGUACAAGAAAAUGUAGCAAUCUGGAUGGCUGAAAAACAUGUUCUGAAGGAUGAAUUUCUGAUGAUUUUGGUUGAGGUAAUUUGA